UUAUAAUCGCAGCUGUCAGCGGCUAUAUACCCCGCCGUUGGGAGGACACGCCCCCCGUGUUCCCACCACUCACAGGGCAGAAAGUGAUUAGCUCAUCGCGGCUGUCAGUCACGCCUAUCCAGCGUUGCUUCCUGUGUGAGCCAGUGGACUCGGUCUGUCUGCAGAGAGUCUCCGGUAUGGGCAGCCGCCUUACUCCUCAACUUUUUACCGGAGAUUUUACCACUGUUACAUUACAUUUGACACGUUUUACAUCCUCGGGGAAUGGACCUCUGAACGGAUUAACCCGACUGUGAGUCCGUGUUGAGUUAAAACGAGCGUUUAAAUUCAUUUUUUUGUUGUUCAAGUUGUUGAAGGAAGAGGGGGAAAAUGCCAGUUGCAACUCUUCUGCCUUUUACCGCGACCCCGAAUAGGAAGUCUGCCAGCCCGACCUCUUUUAGGUUGACAGAGAAAUUUAUUUUGUUAUUAGUGUUCAGCGCUUUUAUAACCCUGUGUUUCGGGGCCAUAUUUUUCCUACCGGACUCGUCCAAGCUGCUUAGCGGAGUUUUCUUUCAUUCCUCCGCGGUGGAGACCAACACCCGCACCGGUCCAGACAGCAGCGACCCAGGUUCGACUGGAAACGACGAGAGGGUCCUGGCCAAAAUCAGAAAAGACCACGAAAAAGCUCUGUUAGAGGCCAAGGAUACUCUACAAAAACGGCCCGACGAGAUAAAACAAGACAUUAUAAUCGAGAAGGAGAAAGUUGCGAAGGAGAGUAUGGGUCAAGGUGGGAAGGAUGUCAAUAAUUUACCUUUCGUUGAGUAUCACCGGCCGCCCGGGGCGACUGGACACGAGCCUCUGGACCCCGAAACGAAGGACCGACGGGCUAAAAUCAAAGAGAUGAUGAAACAUGCGUGGGACAGCUACAGGCGCUAUGCCUGGGGUUCCAAUGAGCUCAGGCCCGUCUCCAAGCAAGGCCACUCCAGCAAUCUAUUUGGUAGCAUAAAGGGAGCGACAAUAGUGGAUGCUCUGGAUACCCUCUACAUCAUGGAAAUGUUUGAAGAGUUUGAUUCUGCUACGGACUGGGUUGAGAAGAACCUCGACUUUAAUGUUAAUGCAGAAGUGUCUGUGUUUGAGGUGAACAUCCGGUUUGUUGGAGGUCUGCUGUCCGCCUACUACCUGUCUGGGAAAGAGGUAUACCGUAGAAAGGCGGUGGAGCUGGGUGAAAAGCUGCUGCCAGCUUUCAAAACGCCCACCGGCAUCCCCUGGGCUCUGCUUAACCUCAAGAGUGGUAUUGGGAGAAACUGGCCCUGGGCAUCAGGCGGCAGCAGCAUCCUUGCAGAGUAUGGCACGCUGCAUCUGGAGUUCAUGCACCUCAGCAAACUGUCAGGGAAUCCUGAGUUUGCACAGAAGGUAAUGAACAUCCGAAAAGUACUAAAUCGCCUGGAUAAACCCCAGGGGCUGUACCCAAACUACCUGAACCCCAACAGCGGCCAGUGGGGCCAACAUCACGUGUCCGUGGGUGGCCUAGGUGACAGUUUCUAUGAGUACCUGCUCAAGGCCUGGCUGAUGUCUGACAAGACUGACGAGGAGGGCAAGAAGAUGUAUUAUGAUGCCCUGCAGGCCAUAGAAACCAACCUGAUGAGGAAGUCGAGUGGCGGGCUGACCUACAUAGCGGAGUGGAAGGGGGGGCUGCUGGAGCACAAGAUGGGUCACCUGACCUGUUUCGCAGGUGGCAUGAUCGCUCUGGGUGCUGAUGGGGCGCCCAGCGAAAAGACGGGCCACCAGAUGGAGCAGGCCGCCGAGAUCGCCCGGACCUGUCACGAGUCUUAUGCCAGAACAGCCUUGAAGCUGGGCCCAGAAGCAUUUCGUUUUGAUGGCGGGGUUGAGGCCAUCGCCACCCGCCAGAACGAGAAAUACUUCAUCCUCCGUCCUGAGGUCAUAGAAACCUACAUGUACAUGUGGAGGUUCACCCAUGACCCCAAAUACAGGGAGUGGGGCUGGGAGGCUGUUCAGGCCUUGGAGCAGCACUGUAAAGUAGAAGGAGGCUACAGCGGCGUCAGAGACGUCUACGCUUCAACUCCCAACCACGAUGAUGUGCAGCAGAGCUUCUACUUAGCCGAGACACUCAAGUAUCUCUACCUGCUUUUCUCUGACGACGACCACCUACCGUUCGACCACUGGGUCUUCAACACCGAGGCUCACCCCCUGCCCGUCAUCAAGAAAGACAAAACGGACAUACCCAACGAAGUGGAGUAGUGGACUCCUCAUACGCUGACUCCCAAAACAAGUGCAAGAACCUCUGAUCCUGUAUACCUGAGCCUCCAGCUGUCUGUCUGAAAACAGUUUAGCCAUUUGGAGCCCCCAAUGGUUACAGUUGCCUCUCGAUUGGGAUGAUUUCAUUUCGAAUGGGAUCAAAACAGAAUUCAGGCCUGCUGGCGCUGAAUUCUUGCUGUAGAAUCUUUUUUUGUUUCUUUUUUUUUCCCGUUCAGCUUUGGUCGAGUCCAGACGCCGACCUGAACCAACACAUUUACUGCCGGAUAACGUAAUAACUCAUCAUAAGACUGCAAGAAUAAUAUCAUCAGACAGGUAUCGUGAUUUUGAAUAUUCUUGCUUUAUCAUUCUCUCUGAAGAUGUCGUUACAUCGUGUGGCAGUUUAUUUCACUAUCGGUUAUUUUAACUCCUUCAGAGGGACAGUCUGAGCAGUUAUCACCUUAUUCGUCAGUGAUUUUUGUUGUUAGCAGCUGUUUUUUGUUAUUGUGAAGGAGAACACUGACAGACCUGAACCAGUCGUCUCCCUAAAUGUGGAUAUUUGGGGACCUGAGCUUUGGGAGAAAAACUGCAGCUCUGGUCUGAGGAUUACAAGGCUGACUUAGUGAGCUAAAGGACGCUCCGUUCACUUCACACGCGUCCUCUUUUCCUUCUGCUGUACCGCUUCAGUAUCCCAAUAGGAACCGGUUUCCCUGCGCCAACGCUGGUGCAACACCACCACUCACCUUCUAUAUCGUCUUAAGAGGAAUACUUGCUUUUUUAAAUAUGUGCAGUUGUCUCUGUGGGAGUAAAGGAAAGACGCAGCACAACCCCAGCCUCUUUUUAUAAACCCACAGGACUCUCUGCUUCCUCGCCGUUAUCUGAACACCUGACUGCUUCUUCUUUCCUCUGAGUGUUGGGUGUGACACAGGACGACCAGCCACACCAGCUCUCUACCUGCCAGUAAUCUCACUUUCUCCCCACGACGUUUACACAGAUCUGUUCCUCUUCUUCCACAUAUCUCAUCUUCAGUUUAUCUGACUGUUUGGAUCCUGGAUUUAUUUCUCUUUCUCAUUGAUUUCUGGGGUUUGACCGAUGCAGGUUUUUCAAAGCUGAUGACUAACUUUUUUUUUCACCAAAUUUCAAUAUUUGUUUUUCAUUUUUCCUCACAAAAAUUAUAUUUGCAGAUUUACCCUCUGGAUGUUUAUUUGUUGCUAAGUGGGGAAUAAAAUUACAAGGGUUGAAAGUAAUUGAUGCCUUUGUCUGACCAAACUAAAUCUUAUCUUAAGGUCCACUUUGCGAAGCUAAACCACAUGUCAUGGUUCUCUUGGCUGUAAUGGAGCAUGGAGAUGAGCAACAGCUGUGUGAUGCUGGUGAAGGCUCUGGAAAAAAAGCUUGUAAAUGGACUGUGAGCGAAGUUUUUUAUUUUCAUUCUUAUUUUUGGCACACUACCAUUUUGUAAAUCAUGAAUAAACAUUCAGGCGCAAUAAUAAUGUUAGAUUAUGGCCAUUAAAGUGAAAGAAAUUGAAUCUUUUUUCCACCACAUAGAGGUGUAAUAUUCCACAAACACCUUCCACAAAUGUUAAGGUCUUUAAACUUGAACUUUUUUUGAGAAAAAAACUAAAUCCUUAGACCCUAAACGUCUCUCCUAAAGAGGAUACUGAUUCAUCAGAAAAACCAGGCAUCGAUCAAACCCUCUUUUUCUGUUGUAUCGCUUCUUCUCGUCUCCGUCCUCCAGCUCCAGCGUAGAGCAGCCUGUAGGAUCUUCUCUCCUCUAUGAGGAGACGCAGACUCUCGACUUUGCUGUAAUAUUUCACCUUCACAAAAACACCCACACAGAAGAAGCCAUACUGAUUCAAAACAGCUUUAUCAUCCUGUCGUUAAGCUUUUUUUGGUGUUGUUUUUUUUCCUUCAUCCUCCACACACAUCGGGGGGUGUAUGUGACUGUAUUGAUACAAACUGUGUUAUUGUUAUUGUACAUUUCCAUCAGAGUACGCACUCAUCAGAGCCGCUUGUUUAGUUGGAUUUUACGGUAAAGAUUUCUCCUGAUGCCACAAAGAACUGUAGCCAGAUAAAAUCCAGUUUAGUCUUUCAAUCUAGUGCCUUCACUGUUAAAAAUGAGGAGUGGGAGGGAAAAGCAGCUCACAAACACAAGAGAGUAGAGGCUGAAAUAUUCAUAGAGCUUUAAGGAAGGUCCCCAUGCCGCUGAUGAGGAUUAAACCAAAACUCCACACUGAUUGAAGGAUUAUUCCUGCUUUUUAAUUUGAUAUUCAGUAAAAUUUUGGCUUUAAAAGUUGCCCAAGAGUUUGUGGAAACUUGGCUUUUUAGUGAUAAGUGGGAGAUCAAACUAGCAAAGGUCCACUUGAGGAUCCAAAAAAAAUUAUUAGAAGAUUAAAUUAACUUUCUUUUGGGGCCAACGUCCGCAGGAACCAUCGAUAUCUGCUUUUAGAUCAGUAGAGGGUCCAGUCGGCAGUCAUUUCCUCGACAACACUGACAUCUAGUGGUGAGAUCAUCCUCUUACAGUCCACCAGGGCUGGAGUCUGAAAAAUGUGAUCUUACUUCAAAUAAUCUUGGAAAUGGACUGUCUUGAAAAAGGAAAUCAAACAUAGCUAUUAAUCCUAAUUUAUGUUUACUUUAUAUCUACAUCU